CUGUGAGGCUGAAGAGACGCUCGUGGGUUCAGCGUUUAGUUUAUUGUGAUCGUCUCUGGGUUCAGGUGUUGGAGACGUGGCUGAGCUACAUCCAACCGUGGAGAUACACCGAGGAGAGUACCAACCCUCAGCCAGACCCCAACAGAACCGUACCUGACAAGUGGGAGUCGUUUGUUCAGGAGAACCUGCUGAUGUACACCAAGCUCUUCCAGGUGCUGCUCAACAGAGCCGUGAGGACGGACCUGGUUAACGCCAGGAACGCGCUGAUGGUCUUCAGAGUGGCCAAAGUGUUCGCUCAGCCCAACCUCACCGAGAUGAUCCAGAAAGGAGAGCAGCUGUUUCUGGAGCCGGAGCACGUCCUCCACCACCGGCAGCCCCGCGGAUACCUGACGCCCAGCCAGGGCGGCAGCUUCCUGUCCUCCCGGCAGCGCGUGGUGACCGACAUGGUGUUCAGGGUGAAGGGCCACGUCUAUGCUCUGGAGGGCCAGGACUGCCAGUACAAACAGAUGUUUGGCUCCGAGCUCAGAGGAGCAGUGAUGAAGUUAAUCCAGAUUAUCGCACAAGCCCGUCAGACGGCCAAGAGGAUAUCGGAUCACUCCAGCGAGGUGUCGGCCAACAACUCGUUCCUGUCGUGGUUCGGGAUGGGAACCUCUGAGCUCAACAACACGUUCUCCGGGGCCGAGCCGGAGGAGAGCGGAGAGUGUCUGAAGAAGACCCACGAGUUCCUGGACCGAGCUCUGGAGAACCUGUGUCAGAUCUUCAAGCUGAACCAGGGUCAGCUGGCUCAGCUCAUAUCCAACCUGAGCUCCUCUCAGGACGACGGGAACAACAAGCAGCUCCCAGACUGCAUCCAGGGAGAGAACGGACUGAUUCUAACGGACCUGGGCAGGAAGCAGAUCAUAAGUGGACUGCGCAGGUUUGACAUUCAGUACCAAGGAGACCCGGAGCUGCAGCCCAUCAGGAGCUAUGAGAAUGCCCUGCUGGUCAGAAUGUUCUACAGGAUCUCUUCUCUGCUUAAUGAGCGGUUCGGAGGGCACAUGAACGCGCUCUGCUCUCGUCCGGACCUGCUGGGUCGUCUGGGUCGUCACUACUUGUCGGAUCUCGAUUCCUCCGCCAAGAAACCGAAGCUGAGCCCGACGUCCCGCCGCUCGUCUGAGAGGAACCGGAGCGCUCGUCUGAGCCUGCGCCCGCUGGCGAGCUACCGGACGCUGCUGCUGCUGCUGCUGCUCUACGUGCUGGGAGCCGCUCUGUCGCUGGGCCCCGUGAGCAGCACCCUGCUCCUCCUCACGGGGGGCCUCCUGUACGGACUCCUCGUCACGCUGUGUGGAGACAAGCUGAAGGCUCACUAGCCGAGUCCUCGGGUAUACAUCGCACGGCUGAAGAACGAUCUUAAAGGGUUGGAACAUGGUGCGGACACUAAAGGAGUAUUUUGAGGUCCUGCCGUGAAUAAUUAUGUUAUUAAUGAUUGUUUUUAUAAUCGAUUCAUCUGCCAAUUGUUUUUGGACGAUAUAACAUCAGAAAGCUGUUUAAAGUGACGUUCUCAACAACAGAUCAACAGUGUUAAAACCCCAAAAUAUUCAAUGUACUCAAACAUGAAGCUGUUUUGAUUAAUCGAUUAUCAGAAUAUUUGCCAAUAGAGUUUGAAUACCUGACUAAUUGUUGCAGCUGGAUAAAUAUGUUCUGCUUGUUGGAGGUCAGAGGUCAGAGUGGACAUGAGGAAUAAUAAUGAUUAUUGUUGUUAUUCUCAUGACGUCUGCAGUGAUUUCUAAAGAUAUGCUGUGGAACGUGAAGGAACCCUGAAGACCAGCAGCUCGUGUUCUUGCUUUUGAUUUCAUGUUUUUCAUCAUUAAAGCCUGUAAAUAAACAGACGAACGUGUUUCAACGAGCAUCUGAAGACAGCUGCAGACCAAACAGACUUCUUCUCUUCUUUUUGUCCCAAAGACUCAAUAAACUGUUUGCACUUGUUUGUA